AUGAGCGCGGACCCUGAUGCACCGGCGGAUCCCAAUCGCCGCAGCGGGGGCCACAUCAUUCGCAACAUGAUUUAUCGACACGACAGCGGUCGUAAUCUUGAGAUUGUCACAGGCUGGCAGGAUCAGGGGACGCGUGAGUACAAUCAACGCAUAGUGCCUCCCGCCAAGCUGGAGCUGCACCCGAGGCACCCAUGCCACGCCCUCAACGCACAGCUGCUGCGCUGCAGCUUGGACUGCCCGGCGGAAAUGAAGCUGGCGGGACGCAUCGCCACGUGCAACACGGAGCGCAAGAAUCUCAUGGUUUGUCUCACAAAAAACAAGCACUGGAAGCCAGCGCCCCCGUCGGCGUGGUACAGGCUUUGGUGA